AUGAUUGUGAAAGGCCCACACCCAACCAUAGAGCCCGGAAUUAUUUUUUUACAGAUUUCCAGUGAACUAAAUCCUAAACCAUUGGUCAUGUGCAGCAUCGAAUCAGCAGCAAGACUAAACCCAAACAAACCUGUCUAUUUCUUUAUGAAAGCAUUCACUGGGAAUGUAUCUGCGUUUCGGGAACCUGAGUACAAAGCCAUCCCUCUGCUUUCUUCAUUCAAGAAUGUCAUCAUCUUGCCCUUGAAUUUUAAAGAAUUGUUCAACAACACACCCUUGGCUGGAUGGUAUGAGAAGGUAGAUCCCAGCAAGGAAGUAUACUGGAUUUAUGUGCUCUCUGAUGCUUGUCGGAUGACCUCUCUGUGGAAAUAUGGAGGCAUCUAUCUGGACACAGACGUCAUUUCAAUCAAACCCUUGGAAUUCGGAAACUUCAUUGUUGCAGAAUCUGAAAUCUACUCGAGUAGUGCAGUUUUGGGAUUUAACCGUUCUCAUCCCUUUUUGGAGAACUGCCUGACUGAUUUUGUUGAGAAAUAUAAUGGAGCAGAUUGGGGCCAACAGGGUCCGAAACUGAUAACCAGAAACUUGAAGAAAUGGUGUGGGACUGAUAAUCUCAAUCAAUUUCUCAACAAAGAAUGCAAAGGGAUUGACCUGCCAGACAGGCCAUGUGACAGGGAGAAACACUCAUUGCUGGGUAUUGCCCACAUGCCACCCACUCGGGGCAUGUUCCUUUGUGGCCCGUAUCUUUUCGCUGACAUGAUGCGGCCAAAUGGCUACUACGCUGGAGCCUUUAUGAUGAUCCUGCUAACACGGAUGAUGCACUGGAAUGGCAGUCAGCAGGGUAUAUCAUGA